AUGGCGACGCGCAUGCCCAACUCUGAGAGGUCGCCGUCGCCGCCGUCGCCGCUGGACCAAAGGGACGCUGCCAUCCAGGAGCUCCAGAAGGGCAGUGACCUGGUAAAGCUGCUCGGCGAGCAGCUGGGGCGCCUCCCGGUGCAGCUUGGCUGCCGCGACGACGCGCUGACCAGCGUGAGGGACAUCUCCAUGUCCCUCGACUCCUCGCUCUACGCCCUCCAGUCGGAGAGAGAUCAGCACCGCGGCUCCUCCUCUGGCGCCGGCGGGCCAGGCGCCGUGACCUCCGAUGGCGGCGGCGGUCGCAGCAGCACCCGCGCCAGAAGGACGACGCACCGGCGAGGCAAGCAUGGCGAGGAGCAUCCGCGGAGGAUAUUUACUACUACGACACCAGAAAAUGAUGGGUAUCACUGGAGGAAAUAUGGCGAGAAGACGAUCCUCAAUACUGAAUUUCCAAAGUUGUACUACAGAUGCGGUUACAGUGAUGAGCGCAAGUGUCAGGCAAAGAAAUAUGUGCAGCAAGCGAACAGGAAGCACCCUCCAGAGUUCACGGUCACCCUCACCAACGAGCAUACCUGCAACACAUUGCUCCCAGAUCAGCCCAGCUCAAGCAGUACUUCCCAGGUGCUGGAUUUCACAAAGGCAUCCAUGUCCUCACCAAUGGAUCCUCAUGCAGACACGGCGAUGUUGAAGGAGGAGGAGGAAGAAGAAGCUCCCUCCAUUGAUGAGAGCACAAGAAUCAUGUCCACAAGUGUGUCUAGUUAUGGAGCCUAUGACUACAAUGAGUUGUCUCCACAGUCAUGGAAGUAGUGGAGAUUAUUGGCCUAAUUAAACUCGGUUAGUUUCUCCUCAGCUAGCGUUCUUCAGGUUGUAGUACGUAGUUUCCCAAAGUGAGUGAUCUAUAGAUCGCUUCUGGCAAACAUGUUGCAGGUAGCUUCCCAUUGCAAUUGCCAGACCGCAAUAAUCAUCCUUUUAAAGUUAUCUUAGGACU